CUUGAAAACACAUCGGUACUUUGAUGCGCCCGUAAGAUCUCAGUCUUGGUGGGAGUUUCCUCCUAGCGAUGACCUCACCGCAAGAAAUGCACGUCGGGGAAGGUAGCUCAAAUGAACGGGCUUAACAAACUUCGUAUUAUCGGACUUUUUUAAGUCCCGAAAUCAACAAUGCUUGUGCUACGGUACAUGUAGGGUAUACACAUGUCGCACGUAAUUUCUCACAAGUUGCUAUUCUUCGAAGCAGCAGGUGAGUUCUUACCUGUAUGCAAUAAUCUACAUGUUUCAAUUCUCGUCGGGAAUACCCAGAAAAUACUCAGCCACCUACGAAGUGAGCGCUUGACAGUAGGAACACUGAAGGGAAGAAAUAUGUGCAUCAUACAUGCAAGUACUUACUAGAGAACAUGGAAAUCAAUUUUGAAGCUUCGAAACGACCCAUGGACUGCCUGGAUGGUAUCAAGCAUUGGUGACCAGGAUUGCAUUCACCGUUUGUAGCUGAGAUCAACCUCAAUUCCCCCGCACCCCGCAACAACCAGUCUCACAGCUCAGGCGGGACGUCAACACCUCGGUAUGCACUCACAGGGCCAGCAUGGGUCGUCAAGUAGACGAAUCAGGACUUCUCUGCUACCAAAUGAUCUUUUCCGAGCCCGCGGAUAAAAAUUGUCUACAAAAUGUGAGGUUCUAAGAGAGUGCGCCAAAGGUUGUUUUGGCUUACCAAGCAAGGAAGAGAGGACAUAGAAGUUUGAAACACAUAGGCGACCUUGUUGGAAGGAAAUAAUGAAAUCCGCCAGAUACUAUGGACCACGAGACCUGAGGAUCGAGACUGUCCCAGAUCCACCGGUCCCCAAAGCUGAUGAGGUCACCAUCGAUGUUACCUGGGGCGGUAUCUGUGGAACAGACUUGCACGAAUGGGUGUCCGGCCCGAUGACAUGCAACACAAAGGAAAGGCCUCAUCCUAUAACGGGAGACUACAUACCCAUUGCCUUCGGCCAUGAGUUUACAGGGCGCAUAUCUGCCUUGCCGGAAGGCUAUCCUCUUGAGGGUCGGUUCAAGAUUGGAAUGCCGGUAAUGGUUGAUCCUCGAAUCGUGUGUCGAAAUUGCACUGCGUGCACUAGCGGCUGCGACAACACUUGUCCAAACUGGGGUUACAUUGGCCUCAACGGAGGUGCAGGUGGAGGUGCAGGAUUCAGCGAGAAAGUGAAUGUGGAGAUGAGAAUGUGCCACAUAUUACCAGACGAUGGAACAGUCGAUCUGGAUAGCGUUGUUCUCUGUCAACCCUUGACUGUUGGACGUCAUGCGAUGAAGUCCACCGGAAUACCUGAUCUCACCGGUCUGAAUAUUCUCGUUCUUGGAGGGGGCCCUGUCGGACUGGCUGUGCUGUUGAACCUCCGUGCGAAAGGCAUUGGAGUGGGUUUGAGCGGCCGUGUCUUUGUGUCGGAGCCGACCGCAAAGCGGAGCCAAAUGAUCGAACGCCUCGGCCUAUCAACUGAUAUCAUGAAUCCAAUGACUACAGAUGUGGCCAAGGAAUGUAAAGCACGGACAGAUGGUAAAGGCGUCGACGUCGUCUUCGACUCUGCAGGUGCUCAGGCAGGCAUGCUUGCGGGCAUGGAAGCCCUCAAAUUGCGCGGAACCUACGUGAACAUUGCCGGAUGGAGGACUCCAUUUGCAGUGCCAAUGCAGUUCGCGAUGAUGCAUGAGAUCAUCAUCAGGUUCUCAUUCGGGAACGAUGACAAUGACUACCGAGAAGUCGUGGAGGACUUUUGUGCCGGCAAGUUCAAAGGUGCCGAAGCAUUGAUCACUCGAAGGUUGCCGGUGGAGGAUCUUGCGGAGCACGGCUUAGAGGAAUUGGUUCGGAACAAAGACGACCACGUUAAGAUCGUGGCUACCUGGCGUAAGGAGCUCCUGGAACGGACAACCCUGCGACAAAGUGCGUGAGUCCACAUUGGAUAGAAACAUUGUUGUUGAUAUUGGACCUGCUUCGUAUUUUGAAUGCACCGAUUAGACCGGCAUUAAGCUCAAGGAGUGUAUCACGCUAGCCUCACCUGCUGUUGAUUAGACCUUAAAAGCAAUUGUAGGACCGAAAAUGACGGCAUC